CUCAAAACUUUUAGCGCGAGUCUGAGCACAUGGGAGGGGAAAAUCCCAAUCCCAGCAAGCCCCGCGAGGCUUCUGGCACAAAGCUGGACAGUCGCCAUGACAACUAUUAAUACUUUCUGAAAAGAUUUGUUCCUUGCUUUGCGAACACAGCAACGUAAGCCUUACGAGGGCAAGGACCUUGUCUACAGUCUUAUUCUUUGUUGUAUUUUCCAGUACUUAGUAUAUAGUGGGUGGCAAUAUACUAAAGAGCUCAAUAACAUUUAUUGAAUGAAUGAAAAGACAGAGGUCUGAGGAAUUUGACGAAUGAGAUGCAAAAGAGGUUCAAAACCUGUAAAAUCAAAUAUAACGCUAGCGCCCUCUGCAGGUUGGGGAGGAGGGCGUAGGUGCUUUCAGAACGACCGCGGCAGACGACAGGGGGAGCUGAGACACUUCUCGGGGAAGCAGAAGCUUUAAGACUACAACUCCCAGCAGUGUUAGGAGCCCCAGGGCUUGAUGGGAACCGUAAACCGUGACCUGUUGCAUCCCUGCCCCGCCCCUCCCGUGGGUCGCCCGCGAAAUCUGAUCCAGGAUGCGGAGGUCCAAUCGAGAGGUGGGCCCAAAUCCCGCGAGAGCAAGUGAUGGGUAGCGACCGACCGGGCUAAGGAACGCGGUACUUUGAGCGUUGGUGUCCACCUCUUCGCCUUGCCUUCUGGGGGUCUUCUGCCCCCUCCCGGAAGAAGGAGGAAGGCAUCGGUCGGUUUCUCCAGGAUCUGUGCGAACUUUGAAGCGGUGUCGGCCGCGCCACGGGCCAGGCAGCUGGUAGCCAGCGGGAAGAGGGUUGCCUGGCCGAGGCCAAUGUCUGCCGCGCUUUUUCUGCAGAAUGAAGACGCCGGAGGCGCCAGUGUUGGCUCCGGACUGCCUUAUUUCAGACCAGGCCCCAGCUCCAGCCCGUCUCUCUCCUCAGGCUUCCCCGAUGGAUAAAAAUACGGACUCUGAACUGAUGCUACCGCCACCCGAUGGGGAUGAUCCGCCCCGGAUGUCCCCAGAUCCCACGGCUGGCUCAGCUGGAUCCCAGGAGCUGGGGGAGGGGGACCGAGCUUCCCUCUCCACUCCCCUGGAAACAGGGUUUGAUACUCCUAGUGAAUUGAGCCCUCGAAUCGAGGAGCAAGAACUUUCUGAAAAUGUGAACCUUCCUGCAGAGGAGACGAACAGGCCAGAGUCGGGGCCUGGAGAAGCCAGUGUGUCUGAGGAACCCGCUCCAGAGGAUGAGGGAUACACCACUUGGAACUACAGCUUCUCCCAGCUACCGCGGUUUCUCAGUGGUUCCUGGUCAGAGUUCAGCACCCAACCUGAGAACUUCCUGAAAGGCUGUAAGUGGGCCCCUGAUGGUUCCUGUAUCUUGACCAAUAGUGCUGAUAACAUCCUGCGGAUUUAUAACCUGCCCCCAGAGCUGUACAGUGAGGGGGAGCAGCUGGAAUAUGCAGAAAUGGCCCCUGUCCUUCGAAUGGUGGAAGGCGACACCAUUUAUGAUUAUUGCUGGUAUUCUCUGAUGUCUUCAACCCAGCCAGACACCUCCUACGUCGCCAGCAGUAGCCGGGAGAACCCGAUUCACAUCUGGGAUGCAUUCACUGGAGAGCUCCGGGCUUCCUUUCGUGCCUACAACCACCUGGACGAGCUGACGGCAGCCCACUCGCUCUGCUUCUCCCCGGAUGGCUCCCAGCUCUUUAGUGGCUUCAACCGGACUGUACGUGUGUUUUCUACAGCCCGGCCUGGCCGUGACUGCGAGGUCCGAGCCACGUUUGCCAAAAAGCAGGGCCAGAGUGGCAUCAUCUCUUGCAUAGCCUUCAGCCCAGCCCAGCCCCUCUAUGCCUGUGGCUCCUACGGCCGUUCCCUGGGUCUGUAUGCCUGGGAUGAUGGCUCCCUUCUUGCCUUGCUGGGAGGGCACCAAGGGGGCAUCACCCACCUCUGCUUUCACCCUGAUGGCAACCGCUUCUUCUCAGGAGCCCGCAAGGAUGCUGAGCUUCUGUGCUGGGAUCUCCGGCAGCCUGCUCAUCCACUGUGGUCCCUCAGCCGAGAGGUGACCACCAAUCAGCGCAUCUACUUUGAUCUGGACCCGACUGGGCAGUUCCUAGUGACUGGCAGCACUAGUGGGGCUGUCUCUGUGUGGGCCACCAGCAGGGCUGGGCAUGAGGGGAAGCCGGAGCCAGUGCUGAGUUUUCUGCCCCAGAAGGACUGCACCAAUGGAGUGAGCCUGCACCCUAGCCUGCCCCUGCUGGCUACUGCCUCCGGUCAGCGUGUGUUUCCAGAACCCACGGAGAGUGGGGAUGAAGGGGAGCAGGAGGUGGAGCUUCCCCUGCUCUCCAUGCGCCAUGUCCACCUUGAAUGUCAGCUUCAGCUCUGGUGGUGUGGGGGCAGCGCAGACACCAGUAUUCCUGAUGCUCCCCAGGGCGAGAAGGGACAGGAAGUGACUGAGGGAGGUGGGGGCGAGUUUAUAUAAAAAGGUUUUAUACGUA